AUGUCGAGCCGCAAACGCCCCUUGACCGCCCUUCCCAACCCACCUACCGCCUCUCAGACUCACGUGCAGGCUAAUAACACGCCCGGACACCGAACCCCAUACCAACCCUCCACCCCACACGCAAUCCGCGCCCUCCAACAACAAGCCCAACAACACCAGAACACCAAAACACGCUCCCUCCGCCGCUCCACAAUCCGCCGCUUCGCGCCUGACGAAGUCGACCCGUCGUCCGCUAGAGGCGUGCUGCGGCGGUUCGCGAAGAUCACUGCGCCAGCGACGCGACAACAGCAACAGAAGCCCAAAACGCCGAAUGCUGCCACGGGCAAGGAGAAUGUUGGGCCAGAUCACGGGCUUGAUGAUGAGGAGGAGAAAGAUCAGAGGGAGUUCAAGAAGCCGCGGAUGACGUUUGACUUUGACGAGAGUAUUGAGGAGAGCUUCGAUGAAGAUCCGCCGGAGUAUCAUGGCGCAGGGGACGAGGAGGACAGUGAGCUACUGGGGGCUGCGCCGACGCCGUCUGUGCUUCCGGACGAGGACGAUGUGGGGGGAGACGCGACGAUCACGUUUGAGUCGAUCGCACAGGCGCGAAUGCGGUCACGUGCUUCGAUGCCCGCAAAUGGGGAGGACGGGGAGGCAGAUGUCGACGCGACGAUGUUGACUGAACGCGGCAGGAGGGCAUUCACGGAAGACGCUACGGGGAGACUUUCGAGGUAUAGCUUUGGGAGCAUCAGGAUGAGUGAUUUCGGAUCCGAGCUAGAGAUUGCGCGCGACUCGAAUGGCGUCGCGAGGAAAGGCAGACUCUCGCAGAAUACCGAAUUGCUUCGGAAAAGCCUACCUGCGGCUGUGCUGGAUGAGACACAGGACAUCCGCCAGUCGAUGGACAUCUCCGGCGAGCAGCCGACUGCGGCGCGACUGAGAGAGGACGAGCUGAUGCUCGCCGAUGGCGAUGAUAGUGACUUCCAGCUCGCCAUGCCGGAAGACCAUAUCUUCACAGCUCGCGAAGCCGCCCACGCCCAACAAGAUCUUUCAGUCGAAGCAGAUGACGGCUGGGAGGACGAGGAAAACGCGGCAGAUGCCGACCCAGUCCAUCUCUCUCCAUCGUCCAAACGCCGCCUGACACUGCUUCAACUCGCGUCCUCCCGGCAGGAAACAACCACUCGGCGCCGCCGAAAAGUCAAAAUGACCCGGCAUGGCACCCUCGCCCCAGCUCUGCCCACCGGCUUGAUCAAGAAGAUCGCCACCGAGGUCCAAGUACGCAAUGGGCGGCGGAAGCCAGCGUUCGGUCCCGACCACACCAAAGCGCUGGAGCAAGCGACGGAGUGGUUCUUCGAGCAGGUUGGCGAGGAUCUGGCGACGUACUCAACUCACGGACGGCGGAAGCGGCGCCUUGAUGUCGAUGAUGUGCUGCUGUUGAUGCGGCGACAGCGAGUAGUCAGCAAGCCGGGCGCGCUGGAGAAGUUGGCGAAGGAGUGGUUACCUGAGGAGGUGUUGCGAACGGUUGAGCUUCCUGAGGAGGAAUAG